CCUCGCGGAGCGUGGGUGAUGCGGAUCGGGGGAAGGCCGGGCUGGCCCCUGAGGGCCGUGGAUCCCCCCCGCCGUGCCCGGGACAAGCGACACUGCUGCCAUCUCUCCAUCUAGCCGAGCUGUGACCCGCUGACAGAGCUCUGCCACCCGUCGGGGUGCUGCUUUGCCCGCUCCCGGACCUGGCAGCGUCCCUGUACCGCUGCGGGUCAGGCUGGGCCAUUGGCACAGAUAUAUCAUGAUUCUGCUGUUGCCCGCAGGGAGCGGAAGCCUAGCAGCAGCAAGGCCUGCAUUGAUCUGUCAGAGCUCGCCUGCCAGCCCGUGCCCACCCUGGCCAAGUCAGGUUUAUUAAAACGUGUAAAUGUUUCCUUUAUUUCUGCUCAGAACUCGACAAAACCAUAUGGGAAGAGACUGGAAUGAAAUGCUGAUAAUGGAGAGUGUUCAGAACAGGUGUUAUAAGGAACAGAGAUGAGAGGUACCUCGUCUUAAAAGUGGUCAGGAAGAUUCACGGCAAUGGAGGAAGGAUAGCUGUUGGAUUUGAUGGUAUUUCCAGAAGCUGUGUUUGCUCCCACAGAGCUGGGAAGGGAGGGCUUAUAAGUGGAUAAGCACACAGAACAUUUCUUUUGGUCUAUGCCAGCACUGAAGCUUCCUGAUAGACCUUGCCCAUUGUAAACUGCAGCUGAAAUUAACAUCCCCAAGACAGGCUUGAUGACAAGUUGUACCUCAUGGUUAGGGCUUCUGGUUGAUCCAAGUGCUUUUAGAACUGUUGACCAAACUCUGCUGAUGAGGAAUUUAAAAUAAACUGUCUGAUCUUCCUAUUCUGGAAGAUACUUGAACCAGCAGCUGAAGAACUCUAAUGCUGCAGCAGAUUAAAAUUAUCACUUGAAGCUGCAAAAUUACAGCAUUUCUCUGUGUGCAUGCGACAGUUCUUGCCCCCUGGAGCAGCAGUGUCAUCAUCCACAGUACUGAUUCCUGGAAACUUCAGUUGUGAAACGUAGAGGUUAUGAGAUUUGGGCAGGCACAAGUAGAUCAUUGAUGGCUCUCACUCUGCUGCAUAGUAAACCUUACAUGUCCAAAAAAACAAAAAAAAGGAACCUGAGCUGUGUACUGUGUGUGCUUUGCUUAGCAAGGAUGUAGCCUUCCCUGUAGGAGACAGGGGAAGGGAAUCCUCAAGCAAGAUUGCUAUUUUAGAAUUUUUCCUGUACUUAUUGUUACAAGAAGCCAUUUUGUUUCCAUUAGUGACAGACGGUAACCUUCCUAAAUCCCUAUUAAGAGGUUUUUUUUAUUCUUUCUGAUGUACUGUUCAAAAUACAGCUCAGGGUUUUCUCCAUUUUGGGUAAUGCUUACUGUGCUUGUGAGUUGUAUCAUCCCACUGCCACCAUAAAUUACUGCAGGAAAAAGGAAGCACAGCAGUGACAGAAAGAAGAACAGCAUGAGCCAGUGUGCUCACCCUCCCAGAAGGUGGAAUGAGCCACUUGUGGGAUAAUUGUGCUCUCACAGAUUGCACACUGCAGGGUACUAGAACGGCUCUAAAGGAGAAGUUAGUAGCUGCUGAUUCUUUGCUUCUGUAGUUGAAAGACUGGGUGUAGGUAGGUGAAAUGGCGUGGUAGAAAAGCAGAGCAACUGGCAUCAGAAUGAGCCUGACUGUGGAAAUGCUUUCCUUUUUCUUCCUGUUCUGUACAAGUUUAAUAAUGCCUUUGCAUUCUGUGGCUUUGGCUCCACUGCAUUGGCUAAUAAUGACCUUAAAGGACUAUAAAGUAACAAAGGGAGAAAAACAUCAAAAUCCCUAGUCUUGCACAUGGUGAGGUUUCCAGUCUCUGAGAGUCUGUGGCCAGCUGCCUUUUUCCAGUAAGGAUAAGGUGCUGAUGAGACUGCAGACCUGCAACAGGAAACUACAUAAAAUGGUUGUGUGAAUAGCACUGAACAGGAAUAAUGCUGCUGGGAGACUGUAAUGGAUUAUGCUAGGGAACAGUCCUGAAAUCAUGCCAUGCAGUUUUCUUUGAGAAAGAAGUAUUACCAAGGAUGCUCUGAAUGUGGCACAGCAUGUUCUAGUGACUGCUGCAGUGGUGCUGAUGUGAAACACCACAUUCAGCUCAGCAUGACUGAACUCUUUGGCAAAGCUUCGGAUGGCUGGAAUGGUGAAGGAGCAAAGCCUCAUUGUAGCCACAAUGGCAACGUCAUCUGAAGAAGUGUUGCUGAUAGUGAAGAAGGUGCGUCAGAAGAAGCAGGAUGGAGCUCUGUACCUGAUGGCUGAACGCAUUGCGUGGGCACCCGAGGGCAAGGACCGCUUCACUGUCAGCCACAUGUAUGCAGACAUCAAAUGCCAGAAAAUCAGUCCAGAAGGUAAAGCUAAAAUUCAGCUGCAGCUGGUAUUGCAUGCAGGGGACACAACCAACUUCCACUUCUCCAAUGAAAGCACAGCAGUCAAGGAGCGAGAUGCGGUCAAGGAUCUUCUUCAACAACUGUUGCCCAAGUUCAAAAGGAAAGCUAAUAAAGAACUUGAGGAGAAGAACAGAAUGCUGCAAGAAGAUCCUGUUUUGUUUCAGCUCUAUAAAGACCUUGUUGUGAGCCAAGUAAUCAGUGCUGAAGAAUUCUGGGCCAACCGUUUAAGCCUGAAUGCAGGGGAUAAUUCUGCAGCACCUAGUAAGCAGGAUGUGGGCAUCUCUGCAGCAUUCCUGGCUGAUGUACGGCCUCAGACAGACGGCUGCAACGGGCUGAGGUACAACUUGACUUCGGAUAUUAUUGAAUCCAUAUUUCGGACAUACCCUGCAGUAAAAAUGAAAUAUGCAGAGAAUGUUCCACAUAACAUGACCGAGAGGGAAUUCUGGACACGAUUUUUUCAGUCUCAUUAUUUUCAUCGGGAUAGGCUCAACACAGGCUCAAAAGACCUCUUUGCAGAAUGUGCCAAACUGGAUGAGAAAGGGUUAAAAGCAAUGGUGUCUCAAGGAGUGAAAAACCCCCUGAUAGAUUUAACAGCUUUGGAAGAUAAAACAUUAGAUGAAGGCUAUGGCGUUGCUUCUGUGGCCUCUACAUCAAAUGCCUCAAAGUCUGCUAGAGAAAGUAGCAAUGCUGCCAUCAUAAAACGCUUUAAUCAUCACAGUGCCAUGGUCCUUGCAGCUGGCCUCAGGAAACAAGAAGCACAAAAUGACCAUUACAGUGAGACCAGCAGUACGGACGGAAACUCCAGGGAUUCAGAUUUCUUUCAGCCACCACUGAAAAAGGUAAAACUGCAGGAGGCCAUUGAAUAUGAAGAUUUAUCAAAGAAUAAUAGCGUUAAAACUAUUGCACUAAACUUAAAGAAGUCUGAUAGGUAUUACCAUGGUCCUACUCCAAUUCAAUCACAGCAAUAUGCAACCAGUCAGGAUAUAAUUAAUUCAUUUCAUAGUAUUAGACAAGAAAUGGAAGCAUAUGUACCCAAACUAACUCAGGUUCUUUCAAGUGGUGAUGCUGCCAGCACUAUUGCAGUCCUGUCACCUGGAGGAGCACUUAUGCAGGGUGGAACACAGCAAGCCAUAAACCAGAUGGUGCCAAAUGACAUUCAGUCUGAACUAAAACACUUGUACGUGGCAGUAGGGGAACUGCUACGACACUUCUGGUCCUGCUUCCCUGUUAACACGCCAUUCCUAGAAGAAAAGGUUGUGAAAAUGAGGAGCAACUUGGAAAGAUUUCAAGUUACAAAGCUCUGCCCAUUCCAAGAAAAGAUUCGAAGACAAUAUUUAAGCACAAAUUUGAUAAGUCAUAUAGAAGAGAUGCUGCAGACGGCCUACAAUAAGUUCCACACGUGGCAGUCCCGGCGCAUGCUGAAGAAGACGUGAGGGCGCAUCCUGUACAGGUCUGAGAGCAAAGCCUGCAAUAGGGUAGGACUACAGCCUAGGUAUGUGCAGAUCUUAGAGUUGUUGCAGGAAGACCUGCAAGCUGUGGACUUCUGGAAACGAUGCUAACUGAACUUGCACAUUUUUGAAAAAGAACUGAGAUUAAACUUGAAAACUGGGGAGAAAAACAAGGAAGAACCAAAAUGGAAGAGCUGAGGCGCAAAAAUAUUUAAAAGACACUGUUUACUGCAGUUACUCAGGAACUGCUUUUGAUUUGCAUAAAGAGCUGCUUUCAGAAAUAAAACAUUUAAAGAGGGUGUAUUAAUAAAAUUUGUUUUUCUGUCUAAUUUUUUUUAAGAAGUGUAUGGCACAGGGUAGAUCUCAAAAGUUUUUCUUCACUGGAUUCUGACAUUUUCUUGAAUUCUGUUUGUACUUUCUGCAACAGUCUAACAGUGAUGUUUUAAAACAUAGCUGAGACUGUUUUUGCUUCAAACAUCUGGGAGAGUGUAGCUGUCAGAAGACAAGCUCCUGCCAUAUGUUUCCCCACCAAUUGGAAGCAAGAGACAUUGCACUGAAAGCUGUUCAUGGUCUACAGUUCCUAAAGGUACACAAGGGCAAACUUUUGCCUGAAGUCUUCAAUUUUUAUGCAAAAUUUUUUCAGCCAUCAGUUUUGCAUGUUUCCUUUUGAGUGCAAGUGUAUGCUACUGCAAUCUUUUUUUUUUUUUUUUUUAUGGUGGCAUUUGUUCUGAGGAGAGAAUGUGUUUUUAAAAAUGAAGUUAAAUAAAGGUUUAUACAAAAGAAGUCAUUUAUUUUCAAUUCUUAGGCAUUUUUUAUUUCUUCUCCUAAAUCUGUUUUCCUUCACUCGUCCCUUUUGACUAUUACACUCUUUUUGGCGAAUUGAUAAUCAUUGCAAAGAGAAAAAUGUGUUAUUUACACAGUGUCCAUAGCUAUUGGGAAUCUGUGCCAUACUUUGUUCUAAACAGAAUCAGUUCACGGUUUCAGAACAACUUGUCUUGUAUUAAAUGUGACUUAAAUGCAAAGUAACCCCCUUUUUUAAGAAUAUAUGCAGUUUAAUGACAACCUUGUAUUUUUUUUGUCACUUUGACUGGACAAAAGCCCAGUAUGGGCUACUGAACUUUUUUACUUCAGAUUAAAUGUGACUGUUAAAGAUGCAUCUACUACAAAGACAAAUCAGACUGACAAUAUGCAUUCAAAGCAAGCACAGCAGUGUUCAGUACAGCAGAAGAAAUUCCCCAAACCUGCAUGAUGGCUUAAUACUACAUUUUGGUAUGAUGCUAAAACAUAAUAGUAUGAUGUUGGGUUGAUAAUUCUUGAAACUUCCUACAGCAGAAAACUUGUAUUGGUGUAGCCAAGUGGGUGCUUGUUCUGCGCUGCUGCUCCGUUUAUGCAAGAGGGGUUUUUUCUUUACUGGUGCGUGGAAGUCAGCGGCUUCUUUUGACCCUUUUCUUUCAGAUUUUUGUAUUAUGCUAUAACAUUUUGGUAAAAGCUGAGUUUCAGUUAAGCAUCACUGUCUGCACCAAAGUCCUGUUCAGAAAUGUGUGCAUAUUGUUCAGCCUCAUUCCCUGUCUGCUGCUGCAGAUCCAUGCAUGAUCCCUGCUCUGCGCUGUCCGUGAGGUUCUGCUACAAGAAAUGACUGGGCUCAACCAGAGAUGCCCGUGUUCUUGACAGAGUGAACAUGUCACUGGGAAUAAACAGAUGUACUACAGCACUUGGGGGAUGAGGUGCACAUCUUGUCAGUAGUUACCUCUUGUGAGGACUAAACUUUCUCUAAAAUUUAGGCUUAGGGUGUGGCUUUAUGAAGCCAAAUCCCCUUGUAAGUGCAGGCAGCUCCCAGAACAAAAGGGUAAUUUUGUUCUCCCCCAACCCAAAGCAUUUGAUCUAGCAAUUCUGGGGCCAAAUUGCAACUGUUUCUUGAAUGCUAACACACCUUACAUCAUAUCAGAGGGCUAGGGUCAAGAAAAGAGAUCUGAUUUACAUUCUAACUGUGCCUGAAGCUAUGAACAACGCAUUUAAGUAUUAGACUGCACUGAGACUUAAUUUUAAAAAAUAGUAGGAGAGUUUUGAAUAUGGAACUAAUUCACCUUUAAUUGGAAUCAGUAUUUCAUGUUCCUGGAAAGACUGGGCAAAAUGGUUAACAUGGUGAAAAAGUGUCAGUGCAUCACAAGAACAUUUUACAGCUCCAAGGACUGAUGUUUAUAACGAUUUUGGGGAUGGUGUUGCAAUAGCUUUAAGUUAUUAUAAUGAUAUCAGGCUAUCAAAAUGUACAUUAAUGACCAGAACUAGGGGGGAAGAGGACUAUGAUAAUAAAUUCAACAGUUUUGCCUAGAGACUGUACAGGCAAGGCUGCUAUGCACUUCAUACUGCUUUUUCAGGUAUUGUGGCAAUAAGGCGCAGGCCCCUCCUCAAGUAAAGGGAGGUAAACUAAAUAUUCUUUCUACAUUGUGUUCCCCUUUUCUGUAGCAUGGUCCAAAACACAGAUUCAUUCCUUAAGUUUUGAAACUGAAUCAUCGUGCAUUAUAUUACUAUUGGAAUCUUUAUACUGACUUGUAUUUUUAAUGAGAAUUCAUAAAACUUGUAUCAUUGGCAUUGAUCUAAGAUUUGUAGAAUAAACCCUACUGAAUUCUGAAGUGAA